AUGACUUUAGAGAACCCCAAUUUAGAAGGAUACAACAUCGUUAGAAAUCUUUGGAUUAAAUAUUACAAAAAAUCAGCUGGUAACUUCAUUGCCCCUGAAAAAUGUUCUGGAUGUUACAAUAACGAAAAAUUCGUUGUUUGGGCUGUUUCAGUUGCUGUACAAUCAGUAGUUGAUGGUGCUAGAAUUUAUAAAGAAUUGGUGCCAUUGAUUGACCCAGCUAUCGAUACUUUCCAAAGAUAUAAAAAUCCCCACUUGAAAGGAUUUUCUGCUGCCGAAAAUAAUGGUAGUGAUAAAGAUAUUUACUACGAUGAUGAUGCUCAAGUGUGUAGUGCUAUGUUAACAGCUUAUGAAGUUACUGGUAAUUUGAAAUACCUUGACCAAGGUAGAGAAUUGACUAGAUUCUUAAUGGGUGGAUGGAAUGACAAUCCAAAUGCUAAGAAUAAAGGUGGUAUGAAAUGGCAUUUGAAUAAUGCUUAUCUUAAUACUUGUACUACAGCAGAAACUGCUAAAUGUUGUUUACAAAUUGCCAAAUUCAUUCCUAAUGAAGAAAAGGUCUAUCUUGAUUUUGCUAUCAAGUGUACUGAUUGGUUAGUCAAUACUUUACAAGAUCCUAGCGAUAAGUUGUUCUGGGAUGGUAUUCAAGAUACCUCUGAUAAGCAUAAUGAUGCGAAAUGGAGUUACAAUGCUGGUACCCCAUUAUCUUGUGCUGCCCAUUUAUAUCAUUACACUAAGGAUGAAAAAUGGAAGAAGAUCGCUACCGAUAUUGCCAAAUCUGCUAUCAACAGAAAUUCUAUCAUCUAUGAUAGGGAUUAUGAUAUGGAUAAGCGUUAUUGGAGAGAUUCCUCAUACUUCGUUCAAUUACUUAUUGAAGGCUUAGCUGAUUAUAUGUUAUACAUUGGUAAUGAAGAUGGAUUAGCUGAUGAUAUAACUGAAGAGAUUAAAAGACAUUUGGUUAUGUUUUAUGAAUACAUGAGAGAUCCAAAUGAUGGGUUAUAUAUUCAAAGUUUCGAACCUCAUAGAACUUAUAGAGACGUUUACGAUAAAAAAUAUAAGCCUAAAUUCGGUGAUAGAAAGGGGUGGAGCUUGAAAGACGAAGAUAAGAGUGGUGACAAACCCAUGAAAUGUUUAAUGGGAUGUGGGUCAGCUGCCAGAGUUUUCUUCCAAGGGGCCAGAGUUGUUCCAAAAAUUGAUUAA